AUGCCACGGCCAUUCGUUUUUGCAUCAUCGGUUCCGCUCCUGAAGCAUGUUUUUCACUUUGCUACCCUUCUCGGAAUUUGGGGUCAGCCCGUGUUUGCCAUUCCGAUGGUAUACAAUACGUCUGUCCCGACGACGUUGACAGAUACGUGCGCCAAAGCCCUUCUGUCUGACGUAUCCUGUGAUCCAACGGUCAGGAAUUUCCACCCAGGCUUCUACUAUCCUCCUAAAACUUUGGAAAGAGCAUGCACCAGCACUUGCAAAGAUUCCAUUGAUGCAUAUUGGAAUGCUGUUCAGUCGUCCUGCGGAAACGAGACUUUGACCGCGUCAUUUGAUCUGGAGGCGUCGGUGCUCAUCGUUCCAGGGACUUACAAGUACCUCUAUGAGUACAUUUGUCUUCAGGAUAGCGGGAGAUACUGUAAUAAUGUUGCAGCUACAGCGGCAGCCAUCGCUGACCCAGGAAACUCCAGAUUUAAUUAUCUUGACGCGGUUCCUUCGGGUACUGUUCCUCCAGAUCCUUGUGAUAUGUGCUUUAUAAAAAGCCUUCGGCUGCAGGCUGGUUCGCCGUACUUUGAUGGACCUGCGCUUGCUAGCAUGUCCGCCUAUGAAUCAAUGACCAGUAAAUGCGGUGUGACUGGGCAGCCGCUGACCACGACCACUAUUGGGUUUUAUACUGAGGAGCCGGUGGUUACUCCUGCGCCGUGUAUGGGGAAAAAGUACUCGAUCCAGCCAGGGGAUGACUGUUACAGUAUCUCACGCUCACAGGGAGUGGGAACUGCCUGGCUUCUAUCGGACAACAAUCUGGCGUCAUACUGUGAUGACUUUCCCACGUCUGGCGAUUUGUGUAUUGUUAACACCUGCAAAACUUACACUGUAAAACCCAAAGACACUUGUGGUGGUAUCGCUAAAAGCGCAAAUAUCACUAUUCCCCAGCUCAAGGCGUGGAACCCCAUCAUCAAUGCGGGUUGCUAUAACAUGGAUAGGUUGAAUGGUACUCAACUAUGUAUCUCUGCACCGGGCACUGAAUGGGUGCCUCCUUCUGUGACAGACCUUCCAGGCGCGACGGUCACUACUCCGGCACCAGUCCCCACUGAUGCUGCUUCGGGAUCAAACACUUACUGCGGCAGGUGGUACAAAGUGAAAAAGGGCGACUAUUGCAACCUUCUCGUGCUCAAGUUCGCUAUUUCAAUGGAAGACUUCAUAUUCUUGAACCCAGCAAUAAAUAGCAAUUGCACCAAUUUAUAUGCCGACGAAAGCUAUUGCGUUCAAGCAGUUGGAGAUAUCAACACCUACUCAGGAAAGCCUGGAUAUAUAACUACACCAACUGGAGCCAUUCCAACAGCCAUCGAGACCCCAUUCCCAGCUCGGCCUAAUGCCACUGCGGCGCCAUAUGAAAGAUUAAACCCCAGCUUGCCGUUGGCGAAAGGGACGCGUGAUGGCUGUGUCCACUACUUCGAUGGGGCGGACUACCAGUUCAACCUGACAGACACUGAUUGGCACAGCAACUGUGAGGUUGCUAUUGAAGUAUACGGUGUGGACCCCGAAUCCUUUGCAGUUUGGAAUGCCGGGUUAGGCAAUGUCAGUCAGCCGGAAUGUGCAUUCAAAGAGGGCUUUCGAUACUGUGGUAGCUACUACUUGCAAAAGGAUGACGUUGAGAGUGAAAACCCAACACCCACAAUGCCACCCGACACAACCACAACAGCCGCAACAACCACCGGCCCUUCCCCGACCUCUCCAACAAUGACAGGCCAACCUUCAACCUGCAACAAGUGGCAUACCGUCGAACAAGGAGAUACCUGCGAUACUGUAACACAGAAGUACGGCUUGAAACGCGAAGAGUUCCUGGCUUGGAACCCUUCCGUCAGCUCUGACUGUAGUCAAAAUUUCUGGCUGGGUUACGCAUACUGCGUGGGCGUUGAAGGCACAACCCCCCCGAUGACUACUACUACCACGAAUGUACCUACUCCCCGUCCGACCAAGCCGCCAGCAGAGUGGACACAACCUGGCAUAGCGGAGAAUUGUGUCAAGUGGGAUCGUGCCACUAGUGGAGACUACUGUGCCGCUCUGGCGGAGCGGAACGGAAUUACCGUCGCGCAGCUAGCGGAGUGGAAUACCGCGCUUGGCGCCAAUGGGUCCAAAUGUGAUACCCAGUUCUGGUUGGAUUACUACUACUGCGUUGCUGUUUCUGGUUAAACCGGAGGUUGAUGAUGGCUUGGGCUUAGAAGAGCCCCGAGUUUCUGUUUAUAGGAAGUUAUGUUAAUCACCUUAAUAUCUUCUUCGGAAUAUUGAUAGGUUCUCAGGAGAUCGCGUAUAUGUAUGUGUGUACAACCAGUCCAUCCAUAUUGCCAUUGAAUUAUGGAAAUUAGCCCUAGCAGGCCUGUAGUUGCCCUUGAAAUCCCAUACUUCUCGCGGUCAGCAUCUUUGCAUGCGUUGCAGUUGAAAAAUAGUUGCAUGGCGCUUUUAUUCCCAUUUCCCUUCUUCCCUUUUUAACCUUUU